AUCUACAUGUAUGUAACAUGUACAGAUUACUACACAUGCUGAGCUCAUUUCACCCGCUGGGAGAGUCGUGCGGAUUCCUCGGGGAUCCCCUGGGAUUACACAGGUCAGAUCUCUGCUCUCAGCUGGAAGACUCUUCUUAACUUCACAUCAAGUCACAUGAAGAGGAAGAAGUGAGUUCCGCUUCCUUGAGUGACAGCAGAGCCGCGCGGUGCCAGUGCCACCAUCAGCCAGUGUGACCUGUGUGCCCAGCACCGUGCCCGCACCCCCGCCUCCUCCCCUUAGUCCUAGCGCCGCCGGACUCCUCCAGUGAUGGAAACCUCCCGGAGAUUCACCAAAAGCCUCCUGAAGCCGGGGACGGCGGCAGAGAUCAGGCAGAGCGCCUCCAAGGCAGUGAGCAGGGCGCCGCGCAAGCAUGAGAAGCCCAAACUCCUAGAGCCAUUGGAUUAUGAGUCUGCCAUUACAGAGCUUGAAAAUAGUUAUUCAAACGACCCUCUAAAAGAUCUUGUAUUAUUUCCUGAAGACGACUUUUCAGUGGAAACGAUCCCCCUGGGCAUUGAAACGGUGUAUUCUACUGUACCCGAAGAUGCCGAACAGAAGGCUGAACACUUAUUGGUCAAAGAGGCCUGCAAAUAUUACAACUCCCACUGGCAUGUAGUGAAUUUCAAGUAUGAGCAGUACUCGGGAGACUUCCGUCAGCUGCUUCAAAAUGAAUCUAAGAAUGAAAAGAUUCCUUCACAUUCCUUCGAAAUUGACCAUGAAGAAGCUGACAAGGAUGAAGAUACAACGUCCCUGUCGUCUUCUAAAGGAGGUGGUGGUGGAGGAGGAGGGUCAGGAGUUUUCAAAUCUGGCUGGCUGUAUAAAGGGAAUUUUAAUAGUACUGUGAACAAUAGCAUUACUGUACGGUCCUUCAAAAAACGCUUCUUCCAGUUGACUCAGCUUUCUGAUAACUCUUACAUUAUGAAUUUUUACAAAGAUGAAAAGAUCUCUAAGGAACCAAAGGGCUGCAUCUUCCUAGACUCUUGCACAGGCGUUAUCCAGAAUAAACAGCUUCGGAAGCAUGCCUUCGAGCUGAAAAUGAAUGAUCUGACAUACUUUGUGCUGGCAGCUGAAACGGAGCAGGAUAUGGAUGACUGGAUAUCUACACUCAACAAAAUCUUACAAAUAAAUCCUGAAGGAACUAUUCCAGAGAGGAAAAGUGCAGAUUUAUCUGAUCCCAGACUCGAGGACCCAGGAGAAGCCCUACUACACUAUGAGACUGCACAUGAAGAAGCAGACUGUGUAGACAACCCUCAGCACCCUGAUCUAGCUAAGUACCUUUCAGAAACGGAUGACUCUAUAAGAAGUAACAGGAACUUGGAGCGGAACAAUCUGUUUUCCUUAGACCCUGAUCUCUGCAUAACUAAACUGCAGAAUUCAGCAUCCGACUCUGUGAUCAAACCAUUCGAGGAAAAAACAGCUAAGAGGAUUAUAAUAUCUUGUAAAUCUCUAAGUCUGAAUCUUCAAGCCUGCAUCAAAGAGAAUGAGAGUGAACCAGUAACCAACAUUGAACCCUUCUUUAUAAGUGUAGCGCUCUAUGACAUCAAAGAAGGGAGGAAGAUAUCAGCAGAUUUCCAUGUAGACCUGAACCACGACAUUGUGAGACAAAUGAUUUGCCCUUCCACAGGACCUGUGGAAAAUGGUACGUCACCAUCUGUCAGUCCUACCAAAGUGCUGGAAGAGCCCAAAGUCUGUGGCUUCUCGGAAAAAUGGAUGCAGUAUCCCCGGCAGGCCAUCUUCUCUGUGGCCAACCCACAUAAUGAGGUGGUUUUAGUUGCAAGAAUUGAAAAAGUUCUUAUGGGAAAUAUUGCCAGCAAUGCCGAACCGUAUGUAAAGAAUUCUGAUUCUAGCAAGACAGCACAAAAACUGCUGAAGUCAGUCAAGCAGUUUUGUGGCAGGUUGGGGAAAUAUCGGAUGCCGUUCGCAUGGACAGUCAGGCCGGUAUUCAAAGACAACUGUGGAAACAUAGACCGGGAAUCCAGGUUCUCCCCUCUCUUCAGGCAGGAGGGCAACAAGAUCUCCACUGAAGACCUGAUUAAGCUGGUGUCUGAUUACAGAAGGGCAGAGAAGAUCGGCAAAAUACAAAUCAUUCCUGGAAACCUGGAUAUAUCAAUAGAUGCUGUACCGAUGGAUCAGCCAAACUGCCUUACCUCAUCUCUAAUACCACUAAAGCCAUUUGGUGAAAUAGAGAAAUAUCCUCCCACUGUAGAAGUAGAAGAAUUUGUGCAGGCGUCAACCAAAUACUGUCAGCCCUUCAGGACUUACAAGAACCAAAUGUAUAUUUACCCCAAACACCUUAAGUAUGACAGCCAAAAAUGCUUUAACAAGGCACGAAACAUAAUGGUCUGUAUUGAAUUUAAGAGUUCUGAUGAAGAGGGAAGCCAACCAUUAAAGUGCAUCUAUGGAAAGCCCGGGGGCUCUCUGUUCACAGCAUCAGCAUACACCACAAUCCUUCAUCAUUCUCAGAAUCCAGACUUCUACGAUGAGGUGAAAAUUGAGCUUCCCACUCAGCUCCAUGAGAAACAUCACAUUCUGUUUUCAUUCCAUCACGUCACCUGUGACAUAAAUGCAAAAGCUAAUGCCAAAAAGAAAGAGGCUCUGGAAACACCAGUUGGCUUUGCCUGGCUGCCUUUGUUUAAGAGUGAACAGCUCACAUCACAAGAACACCUCAUUCCUGUCGCUGCCUACUUACCUGCAAGAUACUUGAGUGCAGAAGAUUGUUCAACGCCGGGAAAGUAUACUGGAAGUGAUCUUAAAUGGGUUGAUGGAGGAAAACCACUUUUUAAAGUGUCAACAGUUGUGGUGUCAACCGUGUACACUCAGGAUCCAUAUCUCAAUAGCUUUUUCCAGGAAUGCCAAAAACGUGAACACAGCCUGUCAAAGCCUCCAUCCCUCAACUUUCUGGUGUCUUGUAAGAACCUGCUAAAUAUCGAGAAGAUCCACAUGGUUAUAAGCUUUCUUCCCAUUUUGUUCAACCAACUCUUUCAUGUUCUGACAAAAAAUAAUGAUGAUGAUGUGAUCACAGUUACUACAAGGGUCCUAACAGACAUUGUGGCUAAGUGUCAUGAAGAGCAGCUGGAGCAAUAUGUCCAUUCAUAUGUAAAGUAUGUGUUUAAAACGCAAUCGUAUGGAGAUCGGACAGUCCAUGAAGAACUUGCCAAAGGGGUGGCAAGCCUUUUAAAAUGCAAUGAGCUUAAUACAAUUAAGUUUGUCCUAAGGCAUUCACAAUUUUUCUUUGAGAUAAUCAUUAAGUCCAUGGCUCAACAUCUCCAUGAUAAAGACAUGAUGCAGGUUGAGCGCACUAAGAGGUUUCCUAAAACCUUCUACAACGAAUUGGAAUUGCUUGUGAUGAGCUUCUCAGACCAUAUCAUUUGGAAAUACAGAGAUGCCAUGGAAGAAACAAAAAAAGCUAACUUCAGCCUUGCCUGGUUCCUGAAGCGCUGUUUCACAUUUAUGGAUCGUGGUUUUGUAUUUAAGAUGAUAAGUGGCUGCAUCAGUAUGUUUAGCCCGGGAGAUCACAAGAUUUUGUACCAGUACAAAUUUGAGUUUCUCCAGGAGGUCUGCAGUUAUGAACAUUUUAUUCCACUCUGCUUGCCUAUAAGAUCAACGCACAUUCCAGAUUCAGUUACACCUACAGACUCUACGAAAGCCUACCACGCAUUAGACAUGCCAGAGUACACCUUAACCGAUGACUUCUGUCGGAAGCACUUUUUGAUCGGUAUACUACUAAGAGAGGUUGGUUUUGCGUUGCAAGAAGACCAGGAUAUCCGCCACCUAGCUCUGACAGCCCUGAAGAACAUCAUGGCUAAGCACGCUUUUGAUGAUAGAUAUACAAAGAAGGAAAAGCAAGCUCAGAUAGCGAUUUUAUAUUUACCUCUCUAUGGUAUACUCCUGGAUAACAUGGCCCGAAUAUUCAUGAAAGACUUUUUUCCAUUCUCAAUUAAUACAUCCAACCAGGGCUCGAGAGAUGACCUGAGCACAGCGACUCCCUCACAAAGUCAAUCUGCCAUAAAACAUGCUACAUCUGCAGAUACCUCAUUUUCUAAAGAUGUCUUAAAUUCCAUAGCAGCUUUCUCAUCCAUUGCCAUCACUGCAGGAAAUAAUGCCGACUCCCGGGCAUCACUGGCCAGUCUUGAAUCUAUCCCAAGUGCCAAUGAAAAAAGUGAGAAGAAUGAAAACUGCGAAAAGAUUAUGAGGCCACUCUCUCUAAUUGGGUCAUCCCUUCGAUUUGACAAACUUGAUCACAGCGAAACGAAAUGCUUGCUGAUCUGUUUCCUGCAUAUUAUGAAAAUGAUAUCCGAGGAUACACUGGUCUCAUACUGGCAGAGGGCACCAAACACUGAGAUCUAUGACUUCUUCAGCAUCCUGGAAGUAUGUCUGCAGAAUUUUCGAUACCUGGGAAAAAGAAAUAUCAUAAGGAAAAUAACAGCUGCUUUCAAACUAGCCCAAGCCACCCUCAACAAUGGGACACUGAAAGGCUCAUCUUCACAAGCCGGUCUUCUGCCACAGUGGAUGCAGUCUGCGCAUGAAAGCCAUAAACACCCAAGAUCUCAAACCCUUCCUAUAAUCCGAGGCAAAAAUGCACUUUCCAACCCUAAACUACUACAGAUUAUAGAACUGACAAAUUCCAUAUCUAGUAGUUCCAAUGAAACUGACAUAGUGCACCACAUUGAUUCAGAUGCCAACAUUGCCACAGAGGUCUGUCUGACGGUACUGGACCUGCUUUGCCUCUUUAACCAAAGCCACCCGAAGUUAUAUCUCUCCGACAGCCAGAGUGUGUUAAUGAAGAAAGUGUUUGACACACAUCUCCUCUUCCUGCAAAUCAACCAGUCAGUAGCAGCCCUCCGCCAUGUAUUUGCCGCACUUAGGAUGUUCAUUAACAAGUUUCCUUCUGCGUUCUUUCAAGGACAAGCUGACCUUUGUGGUCCUUUCUGCUAUGAGGUUCUGAAAUGCUGCAAUCAUCGCUCCCGCUCGACUCAAAAUGAGGCCUCAGCUCUUCUCUAUUUCUUUAUGAGGAAGAAUUUUGAGUAUAAUAAACAAAAGUCAAUCGUAAGGUCCCACCUCCAGCUAAUUAAAGCAGUAAGUCAAUUGAUUGCUGACGCAGGCAUUGGUGGUUCACGAUUUCAGCAUUCCCUGGCAAUUAUCAACAACUUUGCUAAUGGAGACAAACAGAUGAAGAAUACACUAUUUCCAGCGGAAGUGAAGGAUCUAACCAAGAGGAUCAGGACAGUAUUAAUGGCAACAGCACAGAUGAAGGAGCAUGAGAAAGAUCCAGAGAUGUUGGUGGACCUUCAGUACAGCUUGGCAAACUCAUAUGCCAGCACUCCUGAGCUACGUAGAACUUGGCUGGAGAGCAUGGCCAAAAUCCAUGCUAGAAAUGGGGACUUAUCUGAGGCGGCCAUGUGCUACGUCCAUAUUGCUGCAUUAAUUGCAGAGUAUUUAAAAAGGAAAGGUUACUGGAAAAGUGAAAUUACUAAGACCCCAAGCAUGCUGCUGGAAGAAGACAACUGCCCUGAAUAUAACCAAUUACUAAUCUCCACCGGUGCAAAAAGUUUAUUUUCCAUGGGAUGGCCAGCCUUUCAGAGUAUCACUCCAAAUAUCAAGGAAGAAGGGGCAAUGAAAGAAGACUCAGGGAUGCAGGACACCCCCUACAAUGAGAGUACUUUAGUGGAGCAGUUGGACCUAUGUGUUGACUUCCUCUGGAAAUCUGAACGAUAUGAGCUGAUUGCUGAUGUCAGCAAGCCAGUCAUUGCUGUAUUUGAGAAGCAGAGGGAUUUCAAGCGUUUGUCAGAGCUGUAUUAUCGUAUACACAGAUCUUACCUCAAGAUAGCAGAGGUUGUAAAUGCAGAGAAAAGGUUAUUUGGGCGUUAUUAUCGAGUCGCCUUCUAUGGCCAGGGUUUCUUUGAAGAAGAGGAAGGAAAAGAAUAUAUCUACAAGGAGCCCAAAUUAACGGGGCUAUCAGAAAUAUCACAGAGGCUGCUCAAGUUGUACAGUGAUAAGUUUGGAGCGGAAAACGUAAAGAUCAUUCAAGAUUCCAACAAGGUGAAUCCUAAGGAUCUGGAUCCCAAAUUUGCCUACUUUCAAGUUACAUAUGUCACACCUUACUUUGAUGAGAAAGAGCUUGAAGACAGAAAAACUGAUUUUGAGAGACAUCACAAUAUAAACAGAUUUGUAUUUGAGACGCCAUUCACCUUGUCAGGGAAGAAACAUGGCGGAGUGGAGGAACAAUGCAAGAGGCGCACUGUGCUGACUACCAGUCAUUCCUUUCCAUAUGUAAAAAAGAGGAUACAAGUUAUCAGUCAAACAAGCACAGAGCUGAAUCCCAUUGAGGUUGCCAUAGAUGAAAUGUCCAAGAAGGUUCAGGAGCUGCAGCAGCUUUGCACAAUGGAUGACGUGGAUAUGAUAAGAUUACAGCUGAAGCUUCAGGGAAGUGUUAGUGUCAAGGUAAAUGCCGGGCCGAUGGCAUACGCUAGAGCAUUUUUAACAGAGACAAAUGCCAACAAUUACCCAGAAAGCCAAGUAAAGCAUUUAAAAGAAAUAUUCAGGCAGUUUGCAGAUACAUGUGGCUUGGCUCUGGAAGUAAAUGAACGCCUCAUAAAGGAAGAUCAGUUGGAGUACCAAGAAGAGAUGAAAUCUCAUUACAGGGAAAUUCUGACAGAACUUUCUGAAGUCAUGAAUGAGCCGAUCACUUAUCGGGAGGACCCAGCAAAGAAUUCAACAGCUGAGAAGCAAUGCACACUUCGGUCAAUCAGUAGAACAAAUCCAAGCACAUCGUCAAAAGCGGACUCCUGAUCAGACCUUUACAGUACUUAUAUCACAGACUGACCUGAUCAUGGACUUGCUUGGCCAGGACGCAGAUUGUAAUUUUAAUUUAUUCUAAGGUAUUGCUGCCAGUGCUGAAAGCGGCGCCGGCGUAAUAAAUCUGCUGCCUACCCAAUGGACAAAAACAGUGUUUCAGACCCCUCUGCUGCCAAGGGGUGAACCGGUGGCAGAUGAGCACUCCCUAUACGGUUGUCACUAUUGAUGCUAAACCUAAUAUUAUUUUAUCUCUGGCAUCUAUUUUACGAGUCUUAAUUCUGUGUUUUAUAAUAAAUGCGCAUAUGUACACUGUGGAUUGUACAUAGGAGAUGUGUAAAAUUUGUCAUUUUUUUAUAGAAAUGAACCCAUAUCCACAAGAUAAGUAAGAGUCUAUAGAAAUCCUUAGAUAAAGAUUUAUUAAACUAUUUGUGAAUGUG